AUGAGUAAAUCUAACCUGCCAGACGCGUACACCGAGGUGCAGGUCUCUAGCGAAGCUGCCGACAAUUUUGUCAACACCUACUACCAGUCCAUCAACAGCAAGUCAAACAUCCAGGGAUUCUACGUCAACUCGUCGCCGCGGUACUCAAUACCCGCCGACAUCUCCAUCAACGGGCAGCUCGUGGCCACGCCCGCCGACUACCUCAAGCUCGUCGAGGCGCAGGGAAGCGGCGUCCACUACGAAGUCGAGUCGCUCGAUGCGCACGUCAUGAACCCAUCCUUCAAAUUCGGCAUGCCCGACAACGUCCACGACGCGGCCAAGGCGGAGCGCAACGGCAGUCGCAUGAGCUUCGUCGUCACCGCCGUCGGCCGCGUGCAAUUCGGCAAGGCCAAGGACGCGCAACAGAAAAUGUUCAACGAGACGUUUGUGCUGGUUCCCAACUGGGAUGCCAUGGCCAGGAAUCCGCCGCGAGGGGUCAAAAAGUGGCUAAUUAUGUCACAAAACUUUCGUGCCCUGUGA